AUGGACCAGCCUGUAGAAAACACCACAUUAGAUGGGGUACAAAGAGUCAGACUCUUUACUAAAAUAUGGACAAAACGUGAUAAAAUCAUUGUGUUUACUGGUCUUCUUUUAUUAUCAUGGGCCAUCAAUUGGGAAGGAAAUAUGGGUUUUACAGUUAGUGUCAAUGCUCUGACAGAUCUUCAGUCCAACAAUAUGUUAAGUAUUCUUAGUACUGUGGCCUUUAUCGUUCAAUGUGUUUGUUUCCCCUUCUAUUCCAAAGUAUCUGAUAUGACGGGUCGUGCUAAUGCGUAUACUGCCUCCAUGAUUCUUUAUAUUGCUGCUGUGAUUGUCAUGGCUGCUGCUCCUACUUAUGCAACUUUUGUGGGUGGACAAACUUUAUAUUCUUUUGGUUACAGUGGUGUUUUAAUCUUGGGUCCAAUUGUUAUCGGAGAUCUUACGGAUGUUGUUAAUCGAGGUUUAUUCCAAGCAUUAUACAAUGUACCAUCAUUGAUCAAUAUCUUUGUGACUCCUUUGAUUGGUGAUGCCUUUGGUGUACCACGCUGGCGUUGGGCAUAUGGCAUGAACUCGAUUCUAUUGGCUGUCAGUUGUGUACCUUUGAUUGCUACACUAUGGCAUUUACAAUUUCGCGUCAAUCGGUCUGAAGUUUAUUUGGAAUACAAACGUCAAAAGACCGAAGCCAAUCUCAAGAAGAAAUCUUUAUCUGAAAAAGUACUUUGGUUCAUUGCUGAGGUUGAUCUCAUUGGUUCUUUAUUGCUUGUGGGCGGCUUGUGUAUGAUUUUGUUACCCUUGGUGCUUGCAACGACGUCAUGGAAUGGUUGGCAAAACUCGCGUACCAUUGGAUGUCUCGUCGGUGGUGUGGUGUGUUGGAUUCUGUUUGGAUUCUAUGAAUGGAAGUUUGCUACUAAACCUGUCUUACCUAUGAUGAAAUGGAAGAACCGUACUCCUAUACUUGGCGUCAUUGUCUUAUCUAUCGUUACCUUGAUCUCUUCUACAAAUUGGCUUUACUUUACCACAUAUUUGGUAGUUUCUCGAAAAAUUAAAGCAGGUGAAGCAACGUUAUUGGAUCGUGGUUACAAUGUUGCCUAUGUGGUUUUCCAAGUCUUUGCUGGUUACAUGAUGAAACGUACUCGACGUUGGCGUCCAUUCGUAUGGGUUGGUAUCAGUUUAAUGAUCCUUGGUAUUGGACUUAUGAUUCCUGCUCGCCUUCCUCAUUCAUCCAAUGCCUUUGUAGUCAUUUCUCAAACAAUAGCUGGUGCUGGUUCUGGUAUGUUAGAUAUUCCUGUAAUGGUGGCCAUCCAAAGUUCUGUUCCUCAUGAUGAUCUUGCCCUGGUAACUGCCUUGAUUCAAGUGGGAGGAUCUAUUGCUGGAAGUAUUGGAUCAACCAUGUCUGGAAGUAUUUGGAAUAAUAUGCUACCUGGUGAAUUGGCAAAGUACGUUCCUGGUGAAUAUGAUUAUGCCAAGAUCGUCGGUAGCGUCGACUAUGUAAAAGCGUUACCUGUCGAUCAAUAUGAUGGUGUGGUCACUGCCUAUGGUGAGGUGCAACGAAUCUUGUCCAUCAUUGCCUUGGCUUUAGCUGGUUUGACAUUCUUAUUUACCUUGCCCAUGAAAUCAUUUGGUUUGGCUGAUCGUAAAACUGACAAUCAAACGAUGAACAAUACUAUGAUGAAUGACAAACUUGAAAUGGCUGAAGUUAUGGAUGAUCGUCAUGGUGCACUCAAGGUCUAAACCAAACGG